AUGACUUUCUUCAUUUAUCUUUCUUUCUUUUUUCUUCUUCCUUCCUUUCUUUCUUUCUUUCUUUCUUUCUUUCUUCCACUGCCUAAUUUACUUUUUUUUUUUUUCACUUCUCGCUUCAUUUCUCUAAUUUCUCUUCUUCUGUUUUUUUCUUCCUUCGAAAUCUGUUUUUUCUCUCUUUCGUUUCUUUUUAAAUACUUUUCUAUUUCUCUGCUCUUCCCUGGCCUUCAUCUAAUUUACACCACCCCUCUAAUGGAUAAAUCCGUUUUUAUACCCGCCAUCCUUCAUCUCAUCUUUGCUGUUCACCUUCAAGAUGAUAAUGAGCAACACGAGACGAACAUCUGUCAUGCUGAUAAAUGGUCUUUAACACUAGAUGAAGAGUAUCAUAGAAUGAAGGUGGCGGGGGAGUCUCUCUAUGCAAUGCAUGUCCAUCAUGGAGCGCACAACACUAUAACUUCUUUUAUCGUCGACAGAUUCUUGUUUCUGCUCUCUUUCCUACCUUUUAUCUCCUCGGAACUAUACUGUCUAUUUUUUCUUUCUUUCUUUCUUUCUUUCUUUCUUUCUUUCUUUCUUUCUUUCUUUCUUUUAACUCCUCUCAUUUCUUUCUUUCUUUCUUUCUUUCCUUUCCUUUCCUUUCUUUAUUCCUUUUUUCUUUUAACACUUGUCUGUCCCUUCUUUGCUAUAGCUACUACCUUAUCUGUCCCUUCUUGUCUCUCCACUCUCUAUAACUUUCUUUCUAUUUUCCUCCUUUCUUUCUUUCUUUCUUUCUUUCUUUCUUUCUUCUUAGUCUCUUGUCUGCCAUUUUUUUCCUACAGCUCUUUCCUACCUUUUAUCUCCUCGGAACUAUAUUGUCUAUAUUUUCUUUCUUUCUUUCUUUCUUUCUUUCUUUCUUUCUUUCUUUCUUUCUUUCUUUUGACUCCUGUCCAUUACUUCUUUGUUAUAGCUCCUUCUUUAUCUGUUCCUUCUCGUAUCUCUCUCUCUCUCUAUUUAACUUUCUUUCUUUCUUUCUUUCUUUCUUUCUUUCUUUCUUUCUUUCUUUCUUUCAUUUUAUUGUCAUUCCUAGUAGCUCCUUUUUCUAUAGAUUUCUUUCUUUCUUUCUUUCUUUCUUUCUUUCUUUCUUUCUUUCUUUCUUUCUUUCUUAUGGCUGCUGUCUCUAACUUCCUCCUUUUUCUAUUCACAGAACAACACUCUCAAUAUCUUCUUUCUUUAAAACAUAAAUACUUUAUGUCCUUACAAUACCACCUUACGUCUACCCUUCUUCUUUCCAGAGCUUUUUACUUUUUUUUUUUCUUCUAA